GUUUGAUUUGCGUGUGUUAAUUAAUUCUAAAUAAUUUGAUAGUUUUUCAAAGGCUAAUUAAAGUCACAAUGAAGACUGUGUUGUUGGUGCUAAUAUUUGCGUUGGUUAGCUGCGUCCAGAGUUUUGAUUCAAGAAAUGUGGUGUUCAUCAUAAUAAGCCAGCAGGAGCCCUAUCUGGCGAGCGUGGCCUCUCGCCUAAAACAGGAGAUCGAGAGUCAAGUCUUUCGAAUCGAAAGGCGGAACCCCAUAGUCCACCUAACUCACGAGGACUUCCCCGUCCCCGGAGCCUGGAGCAUCAUACCGCUGCUCAAGCCCCUUGUCACCAAGUACAGAGGGGGUGACGUCAGAUGGGUCGUGUUUUUAGAAGAGCAUACUGCUGUCCGAUGUGAGAAACUUCUAGAAGCUCUGACAGCUGCUGAUAGGCAGAAGGAUACGAAGUGGAUCGGCUAUCCCCUCAGCGACGAUGAGCCCACCAUCAUCCACCACUUCGCCAUGUACGAGGAGUUGGAGGAGGAAGGUGGAUUCGUGUAUCCUAACUUCGCUAGCGGUUUCGCUAUGCGGAUGGAACUUAUUGAGACCCUCCUACAACAAAUAGAGAGCGGCCAGCACAAAUUAGAAGCGGACUUUUCCAUCGACCCUGGAUUCGAGUUGGCCCAACUAGUGUACGGAGACAAACGAAAUCCCGGGCCCUUGUUGACAGCCGAUCUCAGUUUCUGUAUAGUGUCUGGGGACAACUGCGCCACCUACCCGAGGCAGUUUGAAACGUGUGGCAGUCCCAUACCUGAAGAGUCAAUCUUCUUCGCAGUCAAGACGUGGAGCGGGUUCCACUCCUCACGAGCGAAGGUCGUUAAGCGAACCUGGGGGAGGCAUGUCACCAAUCUGAUGUUCUUCAGUGACCAAGCUGACCCAUCACUUCCGGCAGUAGACACGGGCGUUCCGAACACAAAAACAGGCCACUGCGCAAAAACGGUAGCCAUUUUGAAGGAGGCCGUGAGCCGCGUACGCAACAUGCCGCACGUCAAGUGGAUAUUCCUCGCUGACGAUGACACCAUUUUGGGUGUGCAGAGGCUAUGCGAGAUACUGAGCUGCUACCGCGGCGGUACCGACAUCACAGUCAUAGGCGAACGAUAUGGCUACGGAUACGUGAAUAAAGAAACUGCUGCCAAAGGCUACGACUACAUUACCGGCGGCGGCGGGACGGCGUUCAGCAUCGCAGCCGCUUCGCUCCUCUCCCGCUGUGUGUGCACGGCCUUAACGUCACCCGACGACAUGACGUUAGGCGCAUGCGCGAAGGAGCGCGCCGUCUCGCUUACACACUAUCCGCUGUUUCAUCAGGCUCGCCCGCAAGACUACCCCCGCGAAGUGUUAAGCCGCGACCGUCCACUCUCAUUCCAUCGCCAUUCCUCACCAGAGCCCUACAAGGUCUACGCGACCUGGUUCCAACACGACGACCUAGCUUUGAAACACCGGUAUCCUAAGGACGAACUAUAAGUACCAGCUGAACAGUUCCCAAAAACUUUGUACAUAGCCACGUCAGCAAAUUUUAAUUGAUGCUAUUUUGUUACCAACAUUUAGU